AUGGCAGAAAAUAAAGAUGAGCUUGUCCAGCGUGCUAAACUAGCCGAACAGGCUGAGCGAUAUGACGACAUGGCGCAAAGCAUGAAGCGUGUGACCGAGUUGGGUGCUGAACUGUCGAACGAAGAACGUAAUCUUCUUUCUGUCGCGUAUAAGAAUGUUGUUGGGGCCCGGCGUUCUUCCUGGAGAGUUAUCUCAUCUAUCGAGCAGAAAACAGAGGGCUCGGAAAAAAAGCAGCAAAUGGCUAAAGAAUACCGAGAAAAGGUUGAGAAGGAGCUGCGCGAUAUUUGCCAGGACGUCCUUAAUCUUCUCGAAAAAUACCUCAUUCCUAAGGCUGGGAAUCCGGAGUCUAAGGUGUUUUACUUGAAGAUGAAGGGUGAUUACUAUCGAUAUUUGGCUGAAGUUGCAAGCGGGGAUGAUCGAAGUGUGGUAGUGGAGAAGUCUCAGCAGUCUUACCAGGAAGCGUUCGAUAUUGCGAAGGACAAAAUGCAGCCCACACAUCCGAUUCGGCUUGGGCUUGCACUCAAUUUCUCCGUAUUCUACUACGAAAUACUGAAUGCGCCAGACAAAGCUUCGGUGGCGGAUGCGGGUCAAAAAGCCUAUUCGGAGGCACUUGAGAUUGCCAAAGCACAACUUUCAACUACCCAUCCAGUUCGUUUGGGACUCGCUCUAAAUUAUAGUGUAUUCUUCUACGAGAUUUCGUCGAGCCCAGAUCGUGCAUGUCAACUCGCCAAACAGGCGUUUGAUGAUGCGAUUGCGGAGUUGGACACCUUGAAUGAAGAUUCUUACAAGGACAGCACCUUGAUCAUGCAGCUUCUUCGUGAUAACCUGACACUAUGGACAUCUGACACUGGUGCCGACGAUCAGGAAGGAGGCGAGCAGACGGGUGAAACAGGUGGUAACUGA